CUAAACAAUAAAACUAUUCCGUCGAUGUCAAUUGUAUAGAAAUAUAAUUUAAACUUAUUUAAUUAUUCACAAAUGGCCAAAUGUUGCGCUAUUGAGCAAACCCCAAGACCUCAACUGAAUAUCCAGUUUCAAGAGUUAAAAAUAAUUUCAUUGACCAUCUUUAUCAUUUUAUACGUAACGCACAUCGUGUCACACAGUGCCGCGUUACUAUUGGACCCAAGCGAAGAAGAUCUGAAGAAACUUAAAGUGAAUAAUGUGCCAGAAUUCGAUCGAAGCAUUCACACUCACGUCAUCGAAAAUGGGAGGUGUCACCUGUGCAACAUUUACACGAGCAGCAAGAAAACAAAGCACUGCAGCAUCUGCAACAAGUGCGUCGACCGCUUCGACCACCACUGCAAAUGGUUGAAUAACUGCGUCGGCCAGAGGAACUAUGCGGCCUUUAUCACGGCCGCUGCCACCGCAUUAUUCAUAUCCAUGUUCACGUCGUGUUUGUGCCUUACAGAUAUUAUUCUAUUCCUAUCGUACCCACAAAAAUUAAGCGUAUCCGCACAGCAAUUUAUUAACUGCUCGAUCUACGAGGCGACCAGUUACAAUAAGUAUUGCAAGAACUCUAUAUGUUUUUUAGUGUUUCUUAUCGUGCUGUGUGUAAGUGCCUUUGCAAUAGCAUGUGCCUUGUUGCAUCUGUGUUGUUUUCAUGUUUAUAUAUGGAUUUUAGGUGUAUCUACAUACGAAUACAUUGUUAAAAGUGGAACACCCAAUGCGCCAAGAAUACAAUGUAUCCCUAACGGGUGCUGUUGCAGAAAGAGAUGUACAAAGAAAAUGUAUCAAAUAAAAAAGGAUCACGAUACUGAAAUGGGUUCUGAAGAUCCAGGUAAAACUGUAAAUAGCGAAGCCAAUGCCAGCAACCUAAUUGGUAUCUUAAUUAAUCACGAAUUGGACAAAGCUAAGAAGUUGUUUCUGUAUGAUAAAAAUAAGAUACAUCCUGAAAAUGAUAUUGCAGAGCGGUAAACCAGGAGGUUCAGGUUGAAGACACUAAGUCAAGCAGGACACUUCUGGUUAAGAUUACCUCAGGAUCAGUGGCGAUGGCGUAGUGGACGAGGGGCGGAGGCGACUACGAAAAUGGGAAUUCUCUAAAAACAAAUUGGACCAGGAAGUCUGGUGUAAGCGGACAAUAGUCCUGUCUGACCAAGUGACCACUAUAAAUGAGUCAUAAUCCCACCAUUUGGCGGAAAUUAUCCAAACGAUUUUAAACGUUGGCCCAUGGUGCAUCGGCCUCGGCCAUAAAGACCUAAUACACCUCUCGCUAAACCCACAAUUUGCCGGAUAUGAUCCAAACGAUGCUAAACGACCUUUCACACUAGCGUCAGUCGAGCGUGCAUGGGCGUCUAGUCAGCGCUAAGACUGCUAGCGUCGCGUCGCCUUUGCCUAACGUUGCAUUAGCCAUAAAUCGGCGUUAUUCAUAAUCGUUAGUCAAAUCUAACAAACAGCUGAUAAUCUUUUGUCCCUAUCCGCCAUUUGGUCAUUUUCGUUGGUUAGAAAAAUACAAAAUUUAACGAAGGUUUGUAAGAUAAUAUGUAAUAAGGAGUCAGGAUGCUAGUUAGGAAGAUUGAGGUAACAAGGCCUAUACACUGACGAGACUUCCACGAUACUCAAGAGACGCUAGUGUGUAAAAUAACCUCAGACUGAUAUUUGGGAAUGAUUUUUCUAUAAACGCAUUACGAAAUGUUCCAUUUGUACUAACGACGUAAUAACAUUCCAUUAACUUAAUGGGACGCAACUAUUGAUAAAAUGAUAGAGCAAUACAUCUUUUCAUUCUAACUUUAAGCUUAAACGACUUUAAUGGGUUUGAAACCUAGUUUUUCUACUAAGCAAUUAUAUGUGACUUUUAAAAAUAAAUGUGCCUUAAAAACCUGA